UUGUUUUUGGUUCGGUUUGCAAAUCCACGGCCUCAGAAUGAGACCCUAUUACACUGUGAACGCUUUAAAUGAGCACUAGCACGACACGCGCACGCUUUGCAGCAAGUAACUGCGUUAUUAUUAUGUACUUCACAGGCUUCCGUAGACAUCACAUUUAGCUGGAGUAGGGCUGCGGUUCAGCUUUCUGUUUUGAGGAACACCGGUGAGGAAAAUGGAACAAAGAAGUCGUGGGAUUUCAUGCGAACUCAUGACAGUGUCUCUGUGCUGAUCUUCAAUACCACCUCUCAUUGCUUCAUCCUGGUCAAGCAGUUCCGCCCAGCUGUGUACAUGUCUGAGUGGGAGAGAAUGAAACCUGCACACGCUGAACCAGAAGGAGAGCAGGGAGGCGAGGGCCGUGCCACGGAUGCCCCAGAGGAGGAGCAGGAGGGAAGCGAGGAGGCCAACCGCCCUCACCAGCCCCCAGCUUCAGCAGGCGUGACGUAUGAGCUGUGUGCCGGCAUAGUAGACAAGCCGCAUCUGUCCCUGGAGGAGAUCGCCUGCCAGGAAGUGCUGGAGGAGUGUGGUUAUGAAGUUCCUGUCUCCAAGCUAAGGAGGAUCACGUCAUUCAGGUCAGGAGUAGGAGUUAUGGGAGCCAAGCAGACCAUGUUCUACGUAGAGGUGUCUGACGAGAACCGUGUUGGCGAGGGUGGUGGGCAACCUCAAGAAGGCGAGCUGAUCGAGGUGGUCAAAGUGCCCCUGCACGAGGCCAUGACUUUCGCCUAUGACGAGAGCAUCCCUAAAACCAUGGGUGUUAUUUUCAGCUUCAUGUGGUUUCAUAGCAACAUGGCACCUAAAUAUAAAAUCUCCACUAAUGUGUAAUGGAUGACAGCUUCUGUUUCUUCCAACCUUCUGAAGCACCCUGUAUGUAACCUUGUAUUUCUUUGUGUACCUAUUGAAUUGAAUACUGUGUUCUUAAUUGCUUUCCUCUUUUCUUACUCUAAUUAUUGUCUUAUUUCAGACUUUGCCUCAAACUUAGUCAUAAUUCCUCCUUGGUAGUAGAUGAGUUGCAGAACACAAUAAUAGUAAUUGUGAGUUUGUGUCACGAAAUGGUAACGCUUUGCUUUUAACGAGUCUGUUAUUUAUUUAUCUGACUGCUCUUUAGAAAUCUUAUAAUGGCUGGUAAAACUAUACAAGCUUGAAGAUGAGGAUAGAAGAGGACGUUGUUCAUAUCAUUUCAGAGGUUUGGGGAAGUAUGAUAUAUAUAAUAAGCAAAUCCAGAUUUGUCAGAAAUGACAGAUAUUAGUUACAUGUGUAAUGCGCUACAUAGCAUAGCUAAUGGGCAGCUACCAAACUUCUCUCUUAAUUGUGCAAAGACUAGCCAAGCAUUUGCAGACAUCUCAGGUCUAACACAAACUACGAAGCAUUCAGGGUUCGAGGCAAUGCUCUUUUAUCAAUUCUUAACAUCAAACUGGCAUUUCUUUAAAGAGUCCUCAUUUAAAAUUGAACAAGAAAUAUUUGGGGUCUGCUACACAAUAAAUCAGUGCACAUGAUUCAAGCAAUCCCAUGUUUAUCAUUUUUCCGCCCCCCAUUGAUUUUGACAUGACAUUCAGGCUUACUGCUAGUCUUGAAUAGCUUUUUAGAAACCAUUUGAUUACAACAAUCACUACUGCAGCUCCAUUAUAAGCGUAAUAAAAGAUAUCAUAUAGUAGAGUAAGUAUAUAAAAGUGAUUAGAACUUAUAAUAUCAUCUCUGUGGGUUCUUCUUUAUCAUCUAAAAUUAGAAAGCGACUCUGGUAUAAUUCUUAUAUGCUGGAGCUGCAUGAGCUCACCUGGGGAACACUUUCUAUCCUACAUACAGUAUAAAUUUAAAACAAGCUGAUACUAAAGUAAUAAUGAUUUACUCUGAGCACAGAAUACAAUUUAUAAUGACGUUAUAAAUGUCUCUUCAGUCAUGACAACUAACUUUGUGACCGUCAUUACCAAUUAAUACUUGAAGGCCAUACGUAGUGUUUAUCGUAUUUUGCACAUGCUGUAUCUGAGGUUUCUCUUUCAAUCUGACCUUGUUAGGUAUUUAAAUGUUUAUAUUGUUAUUAUCUCACGUGUGAUGAUGAUAUUUCUACUACGCUAUGCCUAUUUGGUACAUUUUCUGGGACAAAAAAAAAAAAAGGUCAUAAGCCAUUUGACACUGCAACCGUCUAUUUGACUGUUUUCAGCGAUUUUAGAUUUUCGGUUAGAAAAUAAAAAUAAAAAUACUGUUAAAGUGACUACUUCAGCUACUGGAUAGGUGCGAAUUAUUUUCAUUGUAUCUAAACAGUCAUUGUUUAUGUGGCAACGAAUACAAGUAAGCCAUUUGAACAUGUGAGAUAUGAAUCUAAUUAAAAUACAUUCCUUUAGUUAAAAGAUAUUCUAUGUACGAUUUUGUUAAGGUUUUGUAUAUUUAAAAAAAAAACAAACAAAAAAAAAAACCCUACAUUUUUAUCAGUAACUUUGCUUAUUGAUUGAAUUUGUCUUUGCAAUAAAAAACGAUUUAAAUGUACAAAAUAAAAACAUCAAAUUACAUAAUGUAAGAAUGCAUAGAAUACCUUUAACGAAGCUUCUGGAUGGUACUAUUUAUGACUAUCAACAUUCAUUGUUUUAGCAUUAUUACCUAAAUAUUUUAUGCUAAAGAAACACUGAAUGCAUGUGUAUGAAAAGCUCAAACGUUGUGAAGAUUUGUGUUCUGGAAAGCAUAGUGAUGUCUUUCUAAGCCUCUGAUCCUAUCCUGUUUUUAUGUGAUUGUUGAUUGUUUCCUACAUGCUUUUACUUGAGAGAAUAAAAUCAAAUCCUACUAAUAUUGUACAGCAGUGGUUCUUUCUACUUUUAAUGUUUUAAUGUUAAUGUCAUCGAGGAAAAAAAAAAAAAGAAGUGUUUACAUGAAAAUUGUAUUUUCUUCUUUGCAUGUUGGGUUUCAUUUUUUUCCCAUUCAAUGUAUCCUAUGCAUUUGAAUUUUUUAUUGUAUUGUGAUGUCUUGCAUGUGCUCCAUGUGUAUAUUAAUCUGGAUGGAGUGUACAUAAAUAAAGACGAAUA